CCUUAUUGGCAUAGCCCGUCAGAAGACGCGUCCAAUGAGAAAGGAGGGACGGCUGCCAUCUCCCUAUCCGCUGCGACAACGUGAGAGUGGACGCAACUAAGUGGCAGACGCUACCCUUCGGUCUUUCCGGGUCUUCCACGCUUCGCACCCGGCACCUGUGGACCCUGGGCCCGAGGGAGAGCCGGGAAAAAAUCCUCUGAUCGAGAGCUGAAAUGCAUCAAAGCAGCUGGAAGAGUAGAAGGCACAGGAGAAGGGGCCACCGACACAACGCUUGGUUCAGACAACAUGGCUCUAACGAGAGGCAAGUGCUGUUGCCCGGUGUCUUCCUAGCACGGCCAGCACGCUCACACACACGUAACUCCCUAAGGGUCUCGGCCAAAUGCAGCAUCUGGGGGGGUGGGGGGGGGGGUGACCAGUCUACACAUCUCACACGCUCCCACGGGGGUGGCUCUGCCGUGGACCAGCCCAUCUGCCACACUUUGAGUAGUGAGGAGAUGGCCACACUCAUCUUUCUCUUCCGUGUGACCAUGACCUGUGGCCAGGGCCCUAGCCACAGGCUUAAACACUGUCUGGUAUUACUGAGGAGCUGUUUCUCCAUUUUUUGGACCUUUUUUCUCUCUCUCUCUUUUUCAGCCUUGAAAAUAGCUUUCUUAGAAACCUAAUUUCAUUAAUUCAGCCUAAAUCCCAAGGAAGGCUAUGUAAUAUAUAAUAGCUAAUAUUUAAUGAAUACAGAAAGGUAUAAAGAAUAAUACAGUGAAUAUCAUGUACCUACCACCCAGCUUAGAAAAUAAAACAGCAUAUACUUAGGUGGAAUCCCUAUAAUAAACAUUUUCCACACUUGUUUUUCUGCAUGAAUGAAGUACAAACAGUCUAGUUUCAGGACAUGAUUCACCACACCCCACCCCAGGAGAGGAUACCUCCUCACAGUUCAGGGCUGCUGACCUGACUUCUGGCCCUAGGAGGUCUCUACAGCCCAUUCCUCGCCAAAGGAGACCUAUCUGCCAAUUUCAGAACUCUUCCACUCUCCAGAUCUCCUUUUAAAAUGGACAAAUUUCUAAUUAUAGAAUCAGAAGCUGUCGAAUGCCAGUAUGCUUCUCUAGAAUAGAUAAAGAGUAAAAAAAAAACCCUAAAAUUUAAAUUUUAAUAAGGCAUCAGAUUUUUGUGGAAGGAACAAGGGUGUUAGGAUAUCUGGGUUUGACACUGCGUUUUUCCUGUGUGAAAUCGAGCAAGCUACUUGGUCACCCUGAGUCACUCUUCUUAUACAGUGCUUCUCUUGCGAGGGUCACAGUAGUGUAUGUAAAGCCCCAUGAGGAUCCCUGGCUCUGAGCAGGCCUCCUGUAUGGGCAGGCCUCACCUGGUUCAAGCUAAUAGGGACUCUGAGCUGAAAUCCCAAACUUGACCCGUGCUGUAGAAAGAUGAGGAUAGUACCCAGUGCUGAUACGUUGUAUAAGGAGAACCAUGGGCCCCAGGCCUUCCCCCAAGAGCACAACAUGCACUAGAAUGUGGUCUGUGUAAGAAGAGUACCUUGACUCAGCCUGGCAGAGUCGUGUGGAAACACGCAGGAUGGCAGUCCUCUGCACUCCACGUGGAAAGAAGGGAACCGCAGUCCUUGGACUAGAAAUGUAGACAUCUGUCAUGACACUUAAUCCCUCUCUGUCUUGCUGCUGAUAACAGAUGAACUGCCUCGGGAAGCUCUGGGCCAUAAAAAGGGAGAAUAAAUAAUAUUCUCUGAAACUGUAUUGUAUUUAUAGGCAAAAAGAAAGUUAUUUGAUUUUUUUUUUUUAUGCUUUUUUUGCAGUUUGUAUUCCUUUCAGUGUUAUAGGGGGCAGGGAAAGUUCAUAAUUUUGGACUUUAUCAGAAUUCUAAAAUUAGGUCUUUUGUUCUAUCAUUAUAUCCUUCAGCCUAUAAUUGCCACAGGAGCUGCUUGUAGCUUUGCAGAAUGAGUCUUUAAACCAUGGGUCUGUCCCAGUGUUGUUGAGGAAAUCACCUCUGUGCCCGAACCCCAGUUUCUCCAACUGUAGGCUUGGGUAGCCAAGUAAAAUAUAAAUUCUUUGUACGGCUGAAUCCAGUAAAGACUCGAAUUCACCUGGCCUUGUAGCUACUCUUGAGCUGACAGAUGAGCCCAGCUGGUAAAAUUCUUAUUGGCCAAGAGUUCUGUUCUCAUUUUCAUCUGGAAAAUUCCAAAAGACCUCAGAAAAUGCUCAAAGGAGGAGAUACAAAAGGGGCAGUACUGUGACCUGCAUCCUGUAAAGGGUGAGAAGCCAAACCUUGCCCUGACUUUGGAAUAUUGGCAGUAGGUAAACUGCUUCCAAGGAAGAGAAGGGUCAGUGCCUCCCAAGUAAUCGAGGGUUGGGAAUGUGAAGGCUGUGGAACUGCAGGACCCCACGGUCAGAGAAUGACUGGGACUCACUGGCCGCAAGUUACUCUUGCAGGAAGGACGCAGGGGCGCAGCAGAGCCCGCAGGGUUCCAGCGAUGGCCAUGGUGAGGCCCCCUCGACCUCCAGCUCAGCUGGCAGCUCUUCUGUGCCAGAGCUCUUUUGAUGUAAGAUCUACCAGGUUAUUACUUUGAUCCUGAAAAGAAGCGCUACUUCCGCUUGCUGCCUGGCCAUAACAACUGCAACCCACUCACAAAGGAGAGUAUCCGGCAGAAGGAAAUGGAGCGCAAGAGGCUGAAGCUGCUAGAGGAAGAGAAGCAGCAGGGAAAGAAAAUAGCCAGGUUGGGAUUCAAUGCAUCUUCCUUACUCCAGAAAAGCAAGCUGGGUUUUCUCAACGCCACCAGUUACUGCCGUUUAGCCCACGAGCUGCGAGUGAGCUGUAUGCAGAGGAAAAAAGUCCAAAUUCAGAGCUCGGAUCCCUCCGCUUUGGCAAGUGACCAGUUUAACCUGAUAAUGGCGGAUACCAACAGUGACCGGCUCUUCACUGUGAACGAUGUCAAAGUCGGGGGCUCCAAGUACGGCAUCAUCAGCCUGCACGGCCUGAAGACCCCCACGUUCAGGGUGCACAUGCACGAAAACCUCUAUUUCACCAACCGGAAGGUGAACGCCAUGUGCUGGGCCUCGCUGAAUCACCUGGAUUCCCACGUUCUGCUGUGCCUCAUGGGAAUUGCAGAGACUCCAGGCUGUGCCACCCUGCUCCCCACGUCACUGUUUGUCAGUAAUCAUGCAGCAGGAGACCGGCCUGGCAUGCUCUGCAGUUUCCGGAUCCCCGGGGCCUGGUCCUGCGCGUGGUCCCUGAACAUCCAGGCAAACAACUGCUUUAGUACAGGCUUGUCUCGGCGAGUCCUGGUGACCAGCGUGGUGACGGGACACCGGCAGUCGUUUGGGACCAGCAGUGACGUCUUGACCCAGCAGUUUGCUAUCACGGCUCCUUUGCUGUUUAACGGCUGUCGUUCUGGCGAAAUCUUUGCCAUUGAUCUGCGUUGUCAAAAUCAGGGCAAGGGCUGGAAGGCCACCCGCCUGUUCCACGACUCUGCAGUGACCUCUGUGCAGAUUCUCCAAGAAGAACAGUGCCUGAUGGCGUCCGACAUGGCCGGAACGAUCAAGCUGUGGGACCUGAGGACCACCAAGUGCAUCAGGCAGUACGAAGGGCACGUGAACGAGUAUGCCCACCUGCCCCUGCACGUGCACGAGGAGGAAGGAAUCGUGGUGGCAGUGGGCCAGGACUGCUACACGAGAAUCUGGAGCCUCCACGACGGCCAGCUACUCAGAACCAUACCCUCCCCAUACCCCACCUCCAAGGCCGACAUCCCCAGCGUGGCCUUCUCUUCUCGGCUUGGGGGUGCCCGGGGAGCACCAGGGCUGCUCAUGGCUGUCCGGCAGGACCUUUACUGCUUCUCCUACAGCUAACUCUGCAGGGUGCGGCCUGGAGGGGUGUGAAUGUUACUCAAGGGAGCUAAGGUAGCCGUAUUUUUGCCACAAUUGCUGUUUCCAGUGAGGGCAUUUUAAGUGGGUCAUCUGUGUGCACAUGUACCACCCAUCCAGCUGCGGAGGAAGAGGUGCUAUGUUUUAUGUGGAGAUACUUCAGUAAAGUGAUCUCGGUUAAGUUGUGAGCCUUGAAAGUCCUUUUCACAAAAGGUGCCUAUUUCUUGUUGAAUUCCUUAGCAUCUCUCUCCCCCUUUUUUUAACAAAAAAUAAUUUUCUAAAGGCUGAAGAUAGACAGUAACUAAAGCUGCUUUUUUCACCAAAAGCCCUUUCAAGAAGCCUGAUGAGACUAUUAGUAGUCAGUGCCUGGGUCCCAGAAAGACAUCCUUGAGAAAGCCAGGUGAGAAGAAGGGAAAGUCAUUUCUCUGAGUCUCUAGAAGAAGAUUUUUAAGGCUGAGUUGGUCAUCAUUAAAUUAGCCUUCUCAAACUCACUCAACACCAGUGUCAGAUCUCUCAGAUUCUCAUUUAUUACCAUUCAUUGGCUUUCAAAAGAAAGGUGGAUCCUUUCAGAUGCUAGGCAGGCCUUAGCGUGCGUUUCUUGAAGCACCUUCCAGAAUGUUAGAUACAGCAGCUCCUGUAUUUAUCGUGGUGACUUGAACAUCCAUUCAAGGGCCCCAAUUCAAAGAAAACGGGCUUGGCCUUUUUGUAAUCCAAGAGAAGUGGUUUGUGAGAUGUUUAUACAGAGUGUUAAUAUAAAGAGCGGGUCUUUCUACCAGAUAAAGAACCACAACAUGG